AUGCCUCGUCAUGUGUUCACCGCCGUUAGCCAUCUCCUCCCCAUCGGCCGGAGAUCGUCACAGCCCACAGCAGCACCGGCGACCUUCGACCCCACAAAGAUAAGCUUAUCAAGAUUCAAGGACCAAAAUUCUUGUUUUAGCUGCAAUCAGUAUUCAGUAAUGGCUUCAAGGUUUCAGGCAGUGGCACUUGUUGCUUCACCUACAUACCCAAAUGCAAUUUCAUGGUCAAACGAAAACCUAGUUGCAGUUGCCUCUGGACACUUGGUCACCAUCUUGAAUCCUGCUAUGCCAUCUGGACCUAAAGGUUUAAUCACAAUCCCCACCAGCAAACCUUUUUCAUUUGGUGUUAUAGAAAGAAAAGAUUUGCUCUCUGGUUGUAUGUUGCCUAUUUGUUUGUCUCGUGACAUUCGCCCUUGUGUAAGAUCAAUAUCUUGGUCUCCACUUGGAUUAGCUCCAAAUUCUGGGUGUCUGCUUGCUGUUUGCACAACUGAAGGGGUAGUCAAAGUUUACCACUCCCCAUUUCGUGAAUUUUCUUCAGAGUGGGUAGAGGUUCUUGAUGUAUCUGAAAUGUUACAUACUUAUUUUGAAAAAAUCAGAUAUGAAGCAAAGACAGAAGACAAAAUUUACUAG